UUGACCAAUGCACACGUUUACAAGUAAAUGGUACGCUUGCUACUGACUAUGAGACUUACGGUGUGCAUAUAGUAAAACCGGAAAACAAACUUUUCACCAACAUUCUGAAGGAAUACGAAUGUAUCACAAAAGUAAAUUAUCAAACGGAACCCACAGCACACCACGUACAGCAUCAUAUCAUCACUACGGGACCACCCAUUAGUGCUAAAGCAAGGAGACUUCCACCACACAAGUUACAGAUUGCUAAAAGAGAAUUUGAACAUAUGAUGCAACUCGGAAUAAUUAGACAAUCAAACAGUCCUUGGGCUUCGCCGCUGCACAUGGUUCCAAAGAAGGACCAAGAUUGGCGACCAUGUGGAGACUACCGAAGAUUAAAUAAUCAAACUAUCCCGGAUAGGUACCCCAUACCGCAUAUACACGACUUCUCCUUAAAUCUACAUGGUAAACAAUUUUUUUCGAAACUUGACUUAGUAAAAGCCUAUCAUCAAAUUUCAAUGGCGCCCGAAGACAUUGAAAAAACAGCCGUAAUCACUCCUUUUGGUCUGUUUGAAUUUUUGAGGAUGCCAUUCGGGCUAAAAAACGCCGCACAAACGUUUCAGAGGUUUAUGGACGAAGUUACACGAGGAUUAGACUUUGUAUUCGCCUAUAUCGACGAUGUUUUAAUCGCUAGUUCAUCACUCGAAGAGCAUAUCCAACACUUACAGAUCCUCUUCGAACGUUUCAAAAAACACGGUGUUGUUAUUAAUCCUGCUAAAUGUAUAUUCGGUGUUCCAGCCUUAGAGUUUUUAGGACACUACAUCAACUCCCAAGGUAUUAAACCUCUCCCAGAGAAAGUCGAAGGCAUCAUUAGCUAUCCAGAACCAACCUCUGUAAAAUCACUACGACGUUUCCUUGGGACAUGCAACUUUUAUCGACGAUUCCUACCGCAUUGCGCUGAAGUACUACAACCGUUAACUGAUUUACUGAAAAGCGAUAAAGCAGGCACCAAGAAAGAAAAGAACCAAAUGUUCAAAUUACCUCCUGAUGCCAAAGCAGCAUUUGAGAAAGCUAAAUCUAUGAUAGCCAACGCCACGAUGUUACAACAUCUAAAUACUGACCCCACAACCCAUCUGAUUCUGUGCACGGAUGCUUCACAGAAAGCUGUCGGGGCAGUACUGCAACAGCGGGUAAACGACACAAUUACCCCCAUCGCCUUUUUCUCGAAGAGAUUAUCGUCAGCACAAGAACGUUAUAGCACUUUUGGACGUGAACUUUUAGCUAUGUAUCUAGCCGUCAAACAUUUCAACUUCUUGCUACAGGGUCGUGAUUUCAUCAUUAUGACAGAUCACAAACCCCUUUGCCAUUCCUUCAGCACAUCGUAUGACAAACAUUCUCCACGAGAAGCAAGACAACUUGAUUAUAUCUCUCAAUUUACUACAGACAUCCGCUUUAUCAAAGGUAACAUGAACAUUGUUGCAGAUGCACUAUCUAGAAAGGACAUCAAUAUGAUGGUACACAACCACAACAUCAGUCUAGAAACUUUAGCUAAACUCCAAGUAGACGAUGCAGAAUUGAAAGCCUGCCAAGAGAAGUCUAACUUGAAUCUUAAACCAAUACCCAUGCCUUUCUCAGAUACUUUCAUCAUGUGCGACACCUCAACAGGCAACAACCGCCCUUUCGUCCCAUACGCUUGCCGACGAGAAAUAUUCCGACACUUACACGGUCUUUCACAUCCAGGAAUCCGAGCCACAACUAAACUGAUUACUGAACGUUUCGUGUGGCCAAAGAUUAACUCAGAUAUAAAACGAUGGACUCGAAGCUGCCUACAAUGUCAACGCAGCAAAAUUCAAAAACACACAGUCAGUCCUGUUGGGAAGUUCCCUUUGCCGGAGAAGCGUUUCCAACACAUCCAUCUAGAUAUAGUCGGUCCCUUGCCGCCAUCGAAAUCAUUCACGCAUAUACUCACAUCGGUGGACAGAUUCACAAGAUGGGCUAUAGCAUGUCCCAUCGCCGACACUUCUGCAGAGACAGUAGCCGCUACAUUCCUUGACCGAUGGAUAUCAAACUAUGGAGUACCAUCUAUCAUCACUACAGAUCGUGGUCCCCAGUUCCAGUCUAUCUUAUUUCAGGAAUUCACAAGACUUCUGGGUGUGAACCACAUUAAAACGACAGCUUAUCAUCCAGUGGCUAAUGGUCUGGUCGAAAGAUUUCACCGCCAAUUGAAAAGCGCACUGAUGGCACAAACUGAUACAACAAAAUGGAGUGACGCACUACCACUUGUACUCCUGGGAAUUCGUUCGACCAUCAAGGAGGAUUUAGGAUGCACUUCAGCCGAAUUAGUUUACGGUACUACAUUAACAUUACCGGGUCAGUUGGUCGAUCAAGAAUCAAUAAUGUCAAAUGAUCCAAAUGGUUUCGCAAGCCGACUAUUACAAACGAUGCAACGCAUUAAAGCGAUACCUCCGCGUGAACAUAACAACCGCAUACAACUUGAUAAACAUCUAGAGGCCUGUAAAUUCGUUUUUGUUCGAGUCGACGCAGUGAGAAAACCAUUGAAACAACCGUACGAAGGACCUUACAAAGUAAUUAAACGAACAAACAAACAUUUCAUCAUCAAUAAAAAUGGAAGGAAUGAGACAAUUUCCAUAGACCGAAUAAAACCGGCUUUCUACGAAAUUCUUCAAGACGCGGAAGACAAUACUACGAACGAAUCACCACUCCCAUCUAUCGCUAAGAAACAAGAGGAAAAACAAAAACUUAACAGUACCCCCUCUUGUUUAACACGUUCUGGGAGACUUGUAAAAAAACCGAGACGUUAUGUACAUUUCGCCGUAUAAAAAAAAACUACAACCAAUCAAAACAAACAAUCAUCAAGGACUGACAAUAUCAAUCCUACCCAAUAUGUUUUUGUUUUUUUUCCCUUUUUCACAGUGUACAUAAUUAAUCAUUUUUUUUCCACAAUUAUUCGUUUCGUCACAUUAUAUAUAUAUAUAUAUUUUUUGUUACAAUAAUAAACGAGUAAUUACGUAUUCAAUGUACACAAAUAAACAGUUCAUUUUUUUUGUGUGUGUGCGUGUCCGUCAUUAACAAUUUUACACAUUAUUAUCAUUGACAGUGUUUUCUUUUUUUUUCUGUUUGUUACGCUAUAUUACAUUACUGCUAUCCUCAAACGCUAACACAACGCAUUUUACUAACGCGUAUAUCAUGUCCAUCUCCACAAUUUUUGUUGUUUAUAACUGUAAAUAUUAUUUUUGUACAUACGUAUAUAUCAUAUUCUGACAUUUUUUUUAUUACAACCAGUUUUACCUCCGGAAACUCUGGGGGGAGCUAUGUGGAGAUAGGUCUGUCAAACUUAUUUUCUAAAUAAUUUUUAUUAUUAUUUGUAUUCAUUUUGUCAACCUUUCACUGUGUGUACAUUUAUUAUUAAAUCAUUGUACCUGUUGUUUUAGUAAAUGACCUUGAUCACUUUUUCCGUUGUGAUACUAACAUAGCGUGACACUUUCUGUGAUCGUUCCAAAUACACUACUACACACAUACCUCUCGUUCUAAAUUCACUCGCAUUUGUGUUAACUGAAGUCUAAAGCAAGUACCAUUUAUCUUUACAGACGAUAAUUGGAAUAUACCAUAUUUAUUACUGAAUCAUAUCAUUGGGGAACCCAUCACACUCACAGGAAUUAUUAAUCAUCUAUAAUUGUGGAUAUUUAACACCAGAUCAAUUUGGAACACGCACUCUCCUGAGCAAUGACAAUAUUAAUGGUUGAUAUGUAGUGGACUGGGCCCUAACCACACAAUUCUCAAAGCUGAACACGAGACAACUGGGAAAACAGACCGAGAAAGCGGGAAGCAUGAAUUGAAUUAAUUCGAAUCGACCAGAUGGCAUGGCGUGGUCGCUCUGUACAGCUUACGUUUACUCAUAUUAAAUAUAUUGUUCUAUUUCCAGUCA